CACGGGGCCGGGCACAGAUGAGGAAGUGAACGCUGACAGGAAAGAUCCGUGUAACGCGAAGUGGGCGGGAGAUCGUCCUCGGUCCUUGAGACCGAUGGCAGGAUUGCUGCGCUUUAGUUCAGGGGCCGUAUGAAUGCAGAGCGGAUGGGGGCGGAUUACAUGGCGAUGUACCGGUGCUCCAUGUUACUCGGCCCGGUGCGGGGGUCCGCGGUGCUGUGGUGGUGGUUGCUGCUGCUCGUGGGUCUGGUGCCUUUGUGCACCGGGGUGUCCAACACGAGCAACACUGCCUUCCAAGCGUUCAGUCUGAGCGGGAAGUGGGACAUCCGAAACUCGGAGAACUCCGUCAGACUGCAAGGGGAUGUUCCGGGCUGCGUGCAUACCGCGUUAUCCGCCCGGAGGAUCAUCAAGGAUCCUUACAUCCGAUUUAAUGAUAUAGCAUAUAGAUGGAUCACUCAUGAUGAAUGGAUAUACAGCAAGGCAUUUACACUCCCUCCAAAAAUAAGGCUUUGGAAGAAAGUGGUCUUGGUUUGUGAAGGGAUUGAUACAGUGUCUUCAGUUUUUCUUAACAAUGUCUCUGUCGGGGAAACCAAUAACAUGUUCAAUCGAUACUCUUUUGACAUUACCAAACAAAUCAUGGAGAAAAACUACAUAGAGAUCAGGUUUCGGUCUGCUGUAGGUUGGGCAAAAGAAAGAAGCGCAAACCACUCCUAUAUUAUCCCACCAGAAUGCCCUCCUGACGUACAAAAAGGAGAAUGCCACGUGAACUUCAUCAGGAAGGCACAAUGCUCAUUUAGCUGGGAUUGGGGCCCAGCUUUUCCUACACAAGGAAUUUGGAAGGAUAUCUGGAUUGAGGCCUACGACCUUGUACACUUGGAUUAUAUCUCGUAUCUUCCAGUUUUUGAUAAUGACACUUCCCAAUGGAUAAUCAUUAUAGAGCCUGUCUUUGACACAGUCACUGACAAUCUUAAGGGAUGUGCAACAAUAAAAAUACCAGACCUUAAAGUUGAUUAUUCCAGUGAAAUUACAAUAAAUCCUGAGCAGAGGGUACUUCAGGUGAUUGUAAAAAUCCAUCAGAAUGCUUCUGUAGAGUUGUGGUGGCCAAAUGGGUACGGAUCGCAAACUGGAUACGAGUUGACUGCCAGCUUUAUGUUUGAUGGAUACACUAUUAAAAAGACGACCAAGAUUUAUUUUCGCACGGUGGAGCUGACCGAGGAACCUAUCACUGGUUCUCCAGGCCUGUCGUUCUAUAUUAGAAUUAAUGGGGUCCCUAUUUUCCUCAAAGGCUCCAACUGGAUUCCAGCGGACUCUUUCCAAGACAGAAUUACGUCAGAGAGGUUGCAGAUUCUGCUCAAGUCUGUGGUGGAAGCAAACAUGAAUACUCUGCGAGUCUGGGGUGGAGGCAUCUACGAAAGUGAUGAAUUCUACAAUAUGUGUGAUGAACUUGGAAUCAUGGUGUGGCAGGACUUUAUGUUUGCCUGCUCCCUGUAUCCCACUGAUGACUUGUUCCUAGAUACGGUCCACAAAGAGGUAACGCAUCAGAUGAGAAGACUUAAGUCCCAUCCUUCUGUUAUUGUCUGGAGUGGCAAUAAUGAAAAUGAAGCUGCAAUUGCAAGUGACUGGUUUUCUAUACCUGACAAAAUGAGAGCUGUUUAUGUACAAGACUAUCUCACCCUUUAUAUAAAAACCAUAAGGAAGAUUAUCCUUGAUAUGGAUAACACCCGUCCCUUUAUGCCUUCAAGCCCAUCCAAUGGGAAAGAGACUGUUCAAGAACAUUGGCUGUCCAAGAACCCAUACGACAAUCAUUUUGGUGACACCCAUUAUUAUAACUACUUAACAGACUGCUGGGACUGGAGAUUAUACCCCAGAACUCGUCUGGCUUCAGAAUAUGGAUUCCAGUCAUGGCCAUCAUUUAGCACCAUUUAUAAGGUUUCGGUUCCUGAAGAUUGGUCCUACGGAAGCAAUUUUACAUGCCAUCGCCAGCACCAUGCUUCAGGUAACGAGCAAAUGAUUCUUCAAGCUGGUCUCCACUACCAGAUACCAACAAACAGUGAUCCUGUUAGAGAGUUCCAGGAUAUGCUUUACUUAACUCAGGUGAUGCAGGCACAGUGUGUAAAACUACAGACUGAGUUCUACCGACGAAGUCAAGCAGAAAUAAUUGAUGGCCUUGGCCACACCAUGGGGGCCCUGUACUGGCAGUUAAAUGAUAUUUGGCAGGCACCAUCUUGGUCGUCAAUUGAAUACGGAGGGAAGUGGAAAAUGCUUCAUUAUUAUGCCAAGAACUUCUUUGCACCGGUUGCUACAAGUGGGUUUGAAGACCGUGAUGUUUUGUACAUAUAUGGCGUUUCCGACCUCUUGGAGGAUCGUUCUUUCAAGCUCACAGUUAAGGUCUACAAAUGGGACUCAUUAUCGCCGGUUUGCGAAAAAGUUACAGAAGAAAUAGUGUUAACUGCAAGGAGUUCAGUUGGAAUAUACAAGGAGGCUAUUCCCGAAUUGCUGGAGAGGUGUCAGAAUGUUACCAGGCAGAACAGCGUGGUGCUCUUCUAUCUCCUGCACCAGGGGCAACUCUAUGGUGCACAAAACUGGCAUUUCCUAAGCUCCCCGAAGGAGGCACAGGGCAUGCUCAAACCAAACAUCACAGUAUCGAUAGCGCAAGAAAAUAAAGUGUAUGUUUUCACUUUGGUGACUUCUAGUUUAGCACCGUUUGUGUGGCUGGAUGUCUGGGACGUUCCCGGAAGGUUUUCGGACAAUGGAUUUCUUCUGGUCGAAGAGAAGACAACGGUUUAUUUUUAUCCAUGGGUAGAAACCACUAUUGAAGAACUAAAGAAAUCUCUCCGUGUAACUACACUAAGAGAUACUUAUUAAUGGAAAGUAUAGAGGGAGGCGA